CCUCCGACGACUUCCGAAUUUUAGGCGCGCGACUUGAGUUGAAUUUGAAAACGAUCUCCAAGAUGGCGGACAAAGCGUCGUCUCCGUUGCCUCGAAGGCCAGUUAGCGUGCCUUUACUAAGCCGAUCGCUAUGUUCCGAGUAUCUUUUCUCRAAGGAUUUCAAGACGAGGUCAAAGACACCAUUGGGAAAUAAAUCACUUGGUCGUUCUUUGAGAAGCACAUUUCAGGAUUUCACUGCAUUUGGCAGCCCUGGUUACCCWUCCCCUCUCGACCGUAUUAGAGGUGGGAAAGCAGAGAGAGCAAAGGAAUUAGGRCUCAUAACGGCAUUCCAAGACUCUAUGGAUCUGAAUGCAACCUUCCCUAAGGCGUCCAGGCCUCUUAGAGAUGAGGCCAUGGAUACUCAGUCAAAUAAACCUUCACUACAUCAAAUAGCAGGUGACUCCCUGCAUAGCUUCAGUUUUUCCACCGGACAUUGGCGYGGCUCAUUUGUUACUCCAGAUCCAAGCAAACUAAAUUCUUCCUGGCAGUUUUAUAACUUUGUUGGUGGUGCUGGGACUGGAAAUGUCUUUCCAACAACUGUCAGAAACCCUAACAAAGCUAUAGUAACCAUCAAUGCAAGAACUUCAGAGAUACUUGUGGCCAAYGAUAUGGCAAUUGAAUUGUUCCGAUAUCCAAGGGAUGAACUAAUUGGGAUGAAAAUGUCUUCAUUGUUCAGUGAUACACACAGAGAGAAGCAGGAAUCUUUAGUGGAACAGCACAUCGAAGGAAGUGGUGCUGUUGURAUGGUUUCUGGCAAAGUUCUUGAAGUAGUAGAUGGAUGUGGAAUUGUGUUUCCUGUAUCUCUGUGGAUGAAAAAGCUCUCSUGGGAGGAUGAACCUCGUUGUAUAGCAAUUAUGGAACCUGUUGAAAGAAAAACCGCCAUGGUGUUGUUUGAUGCGGAGGGAAGAAUUCUUGAUUGUGAAUCACAAUUUGCCAAUAUUCAUGGGUUUGGAGAGGCCACAGAGAUCAAGGGACAAAACAUCARAUCAUUUUUGCCUGCUCUUACUAUACCUACUGGAGCUGUUCUAGAAAGACASAUGAAGAAACAACGGACCACUGGCAAAACCAAAGAUGGCUGCUUCUUUCCUCUGACAAUUCUUCUAAAGGCAAAGACAAGCCAAGAGCUUAGGAAAGCAGGAAUUACUAUCCCAGACGGCACUGUUGCUUACAAAGGUUUAUUAUGGGUGUUUGCUAAUAUCAGUGGUCUGAUUAGUUUUACUCCUGACGGGAAGAUAUUGACAUGUAAUCAUAACUUUUCCUUGUUGAUGUUUGGUUAUCAUGAGAGUGAUUUGGUUGGAAAGCACAUAACGUCAAUAAUUCCAGACUUUUAUGACGACAUGGAUCUGAUUGAUGACAGCAUGCCCCUCCCUCCCUUUGACCUUGAUGACGAUGAUCCCAUCAUGGAUAGCAAAGGUUUCCCAGUUAAAGAAAACAAUUUUGUAAUCCCUGACAUCACAUCUCCAACUGACAGUUGCAACACAGUGAAUAACACCUCAACACGAGCCGUCCUUGGAGAUAGCAUGGCUAAUAUGACCAGAAGUCCUCUUUUUGAAAAUCUUUCUCGGCUCAACAAUUCUGGGAGUUCUGAUGGCACAGCAUCACUCAGCAACUCAAAUUCAUCUGCUACAAGCUUCCACACCACAAAAAGUGUCUCUCCAAGGUGUGCAUGGCCAGGAAAUCGCAUUAUAUUUCAGAUCAAGCGCAUAGAGCUUAAUGAUGGCCGGAUGAUAUUUUGUGCUUGGGUGUCCCGUGACCCUGAAGAAACUGCCAGCAACUAUGGUCUAUUUGCAAGUUUCAAUAGCACUUUAGGAAACUCUAUCGCUCAGAUUGAUAUACCUCCAACAAUCAAUGAAGAUGUUACAGCAGAUGAUGGGUCAGGGCGUGGCCAGUAUGACGCUAAGUAUUUCACCAAUCAGCAGUUAGGGAAAGGAGCUUUYGGGUUUGUAAAGCUUGCACAAAGAAAAUCUGAUGGUCUUGAGGUUGUAGUCAAGUUUAUACGGAAAUCAAAGGUUUUACCUGAUUGCUGGAUUAAAGAUGACCUUGGAAACAUUCCUUUAGAAUUAUCGCUAUUAUCUAAACUGAAACAUCCAAAUAUUGUUAAGAUGAUUGAUGCAUUUGAAAAUGAAGAGUUCUUUCAGCUGGUCAUGGAGAAGCAUGGUUCAGGAAUGGACUUAUUUGAAUUUAUCGACAGACAACCAGCUCUUGAUGAAGCUAUCUGUGCUUACAUUUUUAGACAGCUUGUAUCUGCUGUACAAUUUCUACAUGACCAUAACAUUCUACACAGAGAUAUCAAGGAUGAAAAUAUAAUUCUAAAUGAGAAGUUCCACAUCAAGUUAAUUGACUUUGGUUCUGCUGCGUACAUGAAAGACGGCACUUUAUUUAAUACAUUUUGUGGUACCAUGGAGUACUGUUCACCUGAAGUUCUCCUUGGCAACAAAUACAGAGGCCCAGAGCUGGAGAUGUGGUCUAUGGGUGUGACCUUGUACACUUUAGUGUUUGGUGAAAACCCUUUUUAUGAUGUAGAAGAGACCAUCAAAGCUGAGCUUCAUCCUUCUUUUCCUGUCUCACAAGAACUUAUGUUUGUGAUAUGUUGGCUACUGCAUCCUGACCCAAAAUGGAGAGCCACUAUCAAAGACCUKGUGACAAAUAACUGGAUAAACCAGCCUGUUGACAUACAGCAAUACAACUUUGAAGUCAUCAUGGCAACUAGYGAUGCAGUACCUAACUUUCCAGGUCCACCAUCAACCAAUGACUUAGAUGAGGAUGAUGAUAUAUCACAAGAUGAUAUUAUAGACUAUGACCAACUUCAAACAGCCAUGCGAGAUUUUUUGGGGCAUGCCAGUGAUGAUAGCUGUAGCGAAGAUAAGUGAUGUAUAUACAAUGUAGAUAGAAAAUAGGAAUUAUUUGUGGUAAUAAGGAAACAGUAGUGUGUGCCAUCACAUGGAAAAAAGGCUCAAAGUUGAAAUAAAAGAUUCAAAACCCCUCACCUUGGCAWUGUAUAACAAUUAAUUGUGGUUCAAGUUUUAGAGUCAAUGUUUCUUUAUUUUCAUGGCCUAAUUUAUGUUGUACAACAAGUUUCCUGUGAACUUCAAGACAUUUGUAUUGAAKGUGAAAAAGCAUUUAACAUUUAAUUGAACUUAAGAACUCAUUAAUUUUCUUGCACCAGAAGUGGAGGGGUUUUUGACUGUAUAUUUAGUUUUUGCCUAUUGGUUAUUAUAGCCUAGCUGGGUGCAGCCAAACCAAAACUGUUGUGUUUUGGGUGUCAAGCACAACAACAGUUUUGGUUUGGCUGCAUGCAGGCUAUGGUUAUUAUGGACGGUAUCWAAACACAGAAAAGUGAGUCAAACAGUUUCAUAGUGAGUCAUAUUGCUUUAAGAGGUUUUUUUUGUCAACAUGAACCAUAUUAUAAUUAUCUUCACUUGUUCAUGUCAUACUAAAMGUUGCAUGGCCCACACUGUAUUAACAAUUUUAAUUAAUAUGUACAUAUUUGUUUGACUUACACUUUUAAUUAGUGUAUUGAAUAUCAUUAAGUUUUAACAUUAUUCUAACAUCUAAUAAAAUAAUAUAUAUCAAAUUUGUACAUAUUGAAUGGAGSAUGUGGUAACUCCACACCAGGAAUAUUAUUAUAUUUUAUGACUCACUUUAAGUUUAUAUAGCAAGUGUUGAGUGUGACAUACUGUAGUUGUAUUAGUUUUGUUUUGCGAGUGGAGUGGAAGGCUUGCUCUAUAGACCUCUUGCAUGUGACAUCCAAAUUCUGAUUUCCUGGGGGGAAAACAAUAGAGAGAAUCCCAAUUCCGAAAAGUUCUUUAAUUUGUUUUGUGUCCCAGAUACUGUAGUAAUUAUUGUCAGUUUGUUUUUUCAACUUGUAUUCUUUGCACAAAGUGGAAGGCUAGCACUAUAGACACCUUGCAUGCAACGUAUUACAAAACUUUGCUGUAUUGGGAACAACUCUCCAUUGUUUUUUGCCCUGGUGGAGCUGCACUUACAUGAAUCACAUAAAGGAUUUGUGCAAUAUGUAAAAUAGAUCUUAAUCUCUAUGUUAUAACUUGAUUUGCUUUUUAUUGGAAACCAAUUAUCCCAUAUUAGCAAUGAAAGUGUGAUUCCAUCUAAUAUUAUCAGUCAUUAGUCAUGGAUUAUCAUAGACAUAAUUAUGUAUACUACUUUGCRCUAAUAAUAUUGUGCUAAUUGACAAGUUAGGAUGAGCAAGACUGGACAAAAUUUGGAUCUUUUUCAGUUUUGAAAAGMAGAAACCUUUAAAAUCUUGGUGAAAGUAAUGUAAUCUUGAUGUUAUGAUAUUCAGAUCGUAAAAGGUCCUCAUUAAGCAUUUUUUACCAUUGAAUCAGAAAGCAACUUUCAACAACUGAAGGUAUAAAUUUGUAAUAAAAACAUAAAGAAAGAUCAAGGAGGUUYUUGAAUUCUGACAUUUUGGUUGCAAACAAACUGUGUCAUCAUACGAUCUUAUCGACUUAUCAAUGUGCACAAUUUUCAUUAUUAAUUGAGCCAAAUAUUUUCCUGCUUAACUCUACCUUUCAGUCAAUAAGAAACAUUUAUUGCAGAGCAUGUGCUAUGCAAGUCUAAAAGCUAGAAUCAUCCUUGAAUGUGUGUUAAAGUUUGGAGACUAAAAAAUUCUUAAUUUUUUAACCUAUUAUUUAUAUUAAUAAGUAUUAAUUAUUUGUACAAAGAAAAUAUGCUCAUUUUAGAGUUGAAGUUCUUAUAGAACACAGACAGACAGACAGAAGCUUAAUGAGAAGCUGUGAGAUUUGCUGGAUGAAGCAAUAAAAUAUAMUAAAACAAA